UCCAUCUCAUUAAAAUUUACAUUUUGUCAAUUACUAAUUUUGAAGUCUCUAUAACCCCAGGACCUCAGUUCUCUGGCCCUGCUUUUGUAGAAACAGAAUAUGAGAAGAUAUAAAUGCAUGCGGUUCCACUGGGUAUUGUGUGACUUUUUCAAGUUAGCAACUGGUUUCAAAGGCUGCCCUCUUAUGUGGCAAAAUACAUUUGUGACCAUUUGCCCACUCUGUUUAUUUUAGAGAUCCAAGAUUUUUCAUCGCCUGCAGGUUCUUAGGAGAAGGUGGCAAAGGGUCCUGCAAGAAAGAGAAUUUCAUCCUCCUCCUGACAGUGAACCAUUCAGCUCAAUUGGGCUGAGCACUGAAGCACAGCACACAAUGAGGAACUGAAGUCCUGUUCUUUGAAGAUACAGUGUGAAACUGUCUUGGGAUUGCUGCCAGAAAUGCAACAGAAUGUCUCAGGCCAAUGCAGCAGUCUUAUCUGAUUCUCUAGAUGUCCCACCUGCGCGUAGUUUAUCUGCGUGGCCAGGCAAGUUGCUCGACCCUAUGGAGGAGACUUCUGAGGGUGCUAGUCCACAGAGGAAAGGAGGAUUACGUCUGUAUCAGGAGGAAGAGAACAACAACCAGGAGCCUGAAAGCAAAGAAACUUCCUAUGGCAUUUCCUGCCUUCAGGAUUCCUUUCAUUCAAAUUUUAGUUUCAUCCAGCUCUCACUAAAUUCAGCCUCUGAAGCAAGUGACACUGCAGGUGCAUCAGGAGGUAGGGAACCUAUAGAAACUACGCAGCUAUGUGGAGUAGAGAAAGCAGAAAAUAUUAAUGUUCGUGUACCUGGAGAAGGCCAAAGAAUUUCACGAACAGAAGUGUGGGCUUCAUGUAACUCUCUGUAUGAUGAAGUUUGUACCUCUCCCUGGGAAGCUGCAGAGAGCGACAGUUUGCCGGACUGUGGGAGGCUCUCCCCUUUCCAUGCAAAUAACGCAUCCUCCUGUUCCACGGAUUCUUUAGAUGCAACAUCUGCUGAUUCUUCGGUGACUUCAGGCUAUGAGAGUUGUGGCAUUGCUGGUGACCACAGCUGGGAUUUUCUGAUGAAGGAGUACGAACCAGUAUUACAGGAAUGUUUGAUGGACAAUCGACAUUUAAUAAAGAUAAAAUCCUUAAUGAGGAAACUUCAGAAGCUUCAGGAGAAAGCAGUAGCUGAAGAUGACUAUGAGAAAGCUGAUAAAUUCAGAAGAAGACUUGAGGAGCUGAAUAAAGAGAAAAGUUUGCUGAACUUUCAACUUCCUUCACGGCAUCCUUCGGUUAGCAGCUUCUUGGACAAAUUCAGAGUCCAUGUCCAAACAACAUUGUAUGAGGGAGUUCAUAAGGAAAGGAAACUUUUCCUAGAAAAAAGCGAUCAGAAGAUAUUAAGCGUUCCUUACCAUGGAAAGCUACAGGUUCCUGUUACAAAACGAGACCAGCUGCUUGAGGAAAAGAAGUGGAUACAGAAAGAAAUUGAAGUUCUUAAAGCAAAACUGGUUGUUCUGGAAGCUAAAGAUCAACAGUUAAGGAUAGAAAUUCAAGAACAAGAUCGCCUCAUUCAGGAGCAGGAUUAUGAACUGUCUACUUUGCUCAGCUGGGUAUCACUCAAAGAACUGCAAACAAUAGGCAAAGCCUUGGCUGAUAUUUUGGCAGCCUCCCAUAAAAUUCCAUGCAGGUUGGAUUUUCCGGAAUCUGUCAAAAGGCUUCAAGAAAAAGAGCAGUCCCUCAGUAUGUCCAUGACAGAUACUGCUGCCAAAGUAUGCACUAGUCAGAAGUUCUGCAGUACGUUAAGGAAAAAAGUGAGACAUACUGAGAUUCAACUUCCAGCUCUUCUUGAGACUAAAAAGCUUGCUGCAUCAGGAGGUAAUUUCUGUACUGCUAAAGAUCUUGCAGAAGAAAUCGAAUCAUUAAUGGCUGAAAGAGAUCGCCUGGAAGGGCUGCUCAGUGAAUGGUCAACUCUGAAUGCCAAAAAUAUCCAAAAACUAAAGAGAGUGAAAGAAAGUUACAAGAGACUGAAGGAAGAAAUGGAACAAGAGGAGUUUGCGUUUGAGAAGAAGUUGGAACAAAACACUCUCAAGUAUAUGGAAGUGUUAGAAGAAAAACUGCAAAGCUGUAGAAGAAGCCAUAUUCUAGAAAGAGUGUGCGAAGUUGACUUAGAGGCCUGCCAGCUGUUGAUCCAUGGGUUUCUGCUCCACAAAAAUGGCUCUUAUGUUUCUGAGGGAGACGAGAGCCAGAUUGAGGAGAUGGAGGGUACAGAAGACGCCUCUUUGACCCUGAAGUGGGAACAGUCAAGAUGCUUUUCAGUUAAUAGCUCCAAACACAGAGCUUUUCGACACCCACUUAUUGGAAGCAAACACCAAAGUACACACUGUGAACUGAAAGAGGAAUUUGAAAUGCUUUCUACAGAACUCAGUGAAAAAUGUGAAAGAAUAAGCAAGAAGCUGAUAUUCUUGGAAGACCAACUUCAGUUAGCAGUCUGUAGCUAUGAUGAAGACCUUGCUCAUAUCCUUUCUUGAUAUGCUGUAUUAAGUACUCCAGCAGAAGUGGUGGCAUUCAACCCAUGCAUUGAAACGUGCAUUGCAUGAAUCCUGCUUAAGAUAAUUAUUAUAGUAUUGUUUCCUAAAAACUUAGACUAGCAAAAUAAUGGCAGUUUAAGAACCUACUGAAUUGGACUGAUCAGUAAGAGUUUUGUAAGAGAUCUGUCAGUAUGCUUUUGAAUGCUACAUACUAAAAGGUGAUGAAUUCCUAGUUACAACAUCAGCUAGGAGACUGGAAAAGAAAGGCUUGUUUUAUGUGUAUGCAUCUACAAAUUUUUUUUAAAGGGAAGCGGAUUUGCUCAUGCUGUGCAUAGAAUCCCAGUAA